GCUGUUGCCAGCUGCUGAUCCACGCUGCCUUCGCCUACUGCCAUUACUUAUUAUUACUUUUUUACAUGCAUUCCCGGCUAACUACGUACUCCAUUCUGUCGUCCUUUUUAGGAAAAGGCAGCAAGCGACCAAUCAAAAGUCGACAUUUAUGUUUCGACAAUGUUACACAAUUUUCAAUAGUUGAAUAGUUCGAACAAUCAGAAUACAAUUUUCUGCAUUUGGACGGAUGCUUAAAUGAGUUUCCAGUCGAUUGCUGCAGAAAUGACAGAAAUCGGUUGGAAACUGACUGAGUUUAAAAGUUUGAAACUGGACAAUUUUCGUGACGCUUUCGAUGUUUUCGGUUUUGAAAUUGGAUCCCUGUAUUGAAGUUGGCUCCCUGUAUAUGUUGCCGUAAGACGUAUUCUACGUCAAAACGGCUAAGUAGCGUACCGAAGUAUUUGAUACGACUGACAAAUUCUUCAAAUCGAAAGUCACGACAAUAAUUGAACAAUUCUUAUCCACGUCUUUACAUAAAACACGGAUAAAUUACGAAAAGUAGUAUUUACUAAAGAAUGCUUUCAAUAACAAUACAGUGACACACCUAAUGCGUUCAAUGUCAACAAACAACAGCUGAAAGAAGCUACUUUGCUUUCAGCUAGAGCCACACGAUGUAGACCGCGUAAAAUUCAAUCAAACCUCCUAUCGAAUACGAUCCAAUUCUAAACUUAAAGACCAUAAGUUGUGGUAAAUAUCACAUUUUUCAUAAUCAUUAAUGGUUGUGGGGUUAAAUUGCGAAGAUUUUUGCAAUGGGACCGACCUGCGAUCACUUUUGCUAUGGGACAAACUGACUUGCUAUUUUUCUCAUAGUUCCUCAGAACGAAGUAUUCAAAAAUAAUUGUUUUAUCGAAUGUAGAUAUAAAAAGGAAUUGAUUCCAUAAAUAAACUCAAAAUUGAUAAAAAUGCAAUUGGGACGGACUUGUCAUGAGCGGCAGUAUACAAAGGCAACUUUUUACUAGAGGGAGAAGUAGUGUCGCUGCACCUACCACUGAUGCUGCUGGUACCCGCUGCAGUUACUGCUAAAUAUGGACUGUUCUAGUCGCUAUCUAUUGGGUUGAGUCAUAAGUAAUUUCGGUUUUGAACAAAAGAUUCCUACACUUGUAUUUUCAAUCAAUUUUCUUCACUCCAACCAUCUAACCUACACACCAUUCGAUAGUAGACACUUCGAUUGUCUUUACCAAUAUACAAAUAACUGAAUCGAUUCAGUAGCGAUCAUACAACAGUGGCUGAAAAAUGGAACAGAAAAGUGAGAAAUAUCAGUAUGUUCUAUUGUUCUAUUACCGAAAAAGGAAGAACGCAGUACAGGCACAUAAAAAAUUGUGCGAUUUGUACGGUGCAGACUGCUUAACAGAACGCCGAUGCCAGAGUCGGUUCGCCAAAUUUCGUUCCGGUAAUUUUAUUAUAAAAGCGCCACGUUCAGGAAGACCAGAUGUAGCUGAGGACGACAAAAUAAAGGGAAUAAUCGACCGCCAUUACACGACGCAAGAGAUGGCAAAAGGUCAUCGACAAAAAUGGACAAUACGUUCAUACAAAUAUUGUUUCCGAAUGUCAUAGAAAAACCGAAAUGACUUAUGACUCAACCCAAUAAAACUAACAUGAGUGGUUACUUCCUCUCCUUCUUUUCAUUUGUUAACGUUCUUUUUAUUUGACGACUGCUCUAGGCAAAGCAUGCUUUUUCAUAGGCCUAUUAGUACCUUCUUGGUUUUAUAGGUAUAUAAUUCUUUCGACCGUGUUAGGGAAAGCAAUCCCUAAAUUUGUGUUUCAACAAGGAUUGGCCACUUUAAAUAGUACAGUUGCUUGCAUAAUUGAAGCUCGACAAUUUUCUAGGUUUAAUUAAGCGUUUUAGUGUCGUUUAACGGGUGACAACUAAAAAUUUAGAUUUUUUUAGAGGCUCUCACUCCACAACAAACACGCUCAGAGAGAAAUGAGAGUAUGUAUAAGAAAGUUCUCUCUCUCUUCUUUUGCCAGUAUUUUUGGUUUUGCUUAUGCUUGCCCCGUUGUGCUCAAAAUGGCGUCGAAACAAGGAGCAUUUCCCAAGCGCAUUGUACAAUUCGCUAACAAUUUUGGCAAACAGUUCACGGUAAACCAUUUUGAGAGCGAAAAUCUUCGGGUUUCAAUUGUGUAUGAUUUCCUGCAAACCUCAGCUAUAGUCCGCUGAGAAGUUAAUAGAAGACCGACCAGAGUUGUGGAAGAGAAAAGGAUUUUUUUCUUUUCGUCCAAAUCAUGGUUCAAACCUAGUGGUUUGGCUAUCAACCAAAAUGUAUCCCAGAACGAAUGUUUGAACAACAUUAUGAUUCUAUUUCUUACAAAAUACCAUACCAAUGAAAAGUAUGUAUUUUGGCUAGCUAAAAUAUUAUCACUAAAAUAUUAUUAUUUGAUCAAGUACUCGACUCCUUUUAUACCCUUAAUACGCAACCCAAACCCAUUAUCGGUCCAUAUUCUAUGAUGGCAACUUUCAUUGUUUUAAUAAGGCAACUUUCAUUGGAGGAAGUGCCGGCAUGAUAAGUAAGGACUGUCCUAGUCGCUACCCAGAAAUAAUAUGACUGGUUUCGGUAGAAGAUUUCUUUUCUAUUUACAAGAUAUUUUGUACACAAUUCAACUCCGUCAUAUAUGUUGCAAAGAAUGCAACAUAUCAAAUUCAGCUGAUCAAAUUCAGCUACAAAAUAGGAUGCCUUAUUUCCUCGGUGCACAGGUUUCAUACCGUUUGGGUAAGUUGGACAGAAUCACACACUUCCUCUCCAACCCUGGUUCUGUUUGGCAGCAGACAGGACACGAGUUCCCUCCCUAGAACGGGUGGCUUUCGAAUGAGUGUGGUUAAUGUUCACGUACAUACCUACAUCGGUGAAGCCUAUUUGAACGUGCAAACGCUGGCAUCCUUUUCAGCAGGCAACUCGUGCGGCGGGAAAAGCUGUGGCACUGUUCUAAUGGGUGGAAACAUUAUGUUGAUUAGCCUCCCUCCUGCCCCGUUCGUUUGUCCGUACGUUCAUACCGGUUGCAACCGAAUCGUUGUCGUCGUCACGUGUGAAUGCUGUGCAAGACAUAACCAAACCUGGGCACCGAAGUAUUUAGCUGCAUUGUGUACACACAUAUAUGGCAACAGUUUGCUUGAAUGUUUCACUUGGCUGUAGGCAACCCAGCAGCAGUAACUCUACGUGGUAUAACGCCUAUCACUCCGAGAGUUACAUUAUUAUCACUGGGAGCAAUAUUCCAUGUAAUAUUCGCACUGAUGAUGAAUGCAAAUUCGGAGGGGUUGAGUAAAUUUUUAAUUAUGCAACACGUACUAAUGAAUGAAAAAUCGCCUGAUAAUUCGAGCUGUCGAAACCUCUUGGCUGGCGGGUGCAAUUACAACUUCUAGUAUGUGCGAAUCCAGUGACGGUUUGUGUCGAAAACGUUUGAGGGUACCACGCAUCGUUAUCAAUUCGGGUUUUGAUAAGUCACAUUUGUACACAGCACAAAACAAUAUAGGGUUUAUAUUAGCAGCUAAGAACAGAACUAGUGUAGCGAUUUUAUCCGCAAAAACAUCCAAUUAUUCAUAUUUUUUUGACAAAUUUUCACGAGAGUGUCAAAAUAUUUUUAUGACAAAAAAAAUUUUGCAGUCUGAAUUAGCUUAUGGUUAAUAAGAUAACCGUCAUGUACGGAUAAAAUGAUAUUUUAAUUCAGAUAUUCGUCACAAACGUAGACCUUUACCCGUAUGAAAACACACUCGGUUGACUGUGUUGUCUUUAGUAAGCCACAAAAAAAAAAAAACGUACUGAAUCCCGUAAUACAAUUCGGAACAGUUUUCUGAUUUAUUUUUCCCGCUAAGAAUAGAUCCCUCCUCGGGGACCGUCUGGUAUCUUCCAUAAAAAUUUCAAUCUCGCUUGUUCUUGGCGGAACCACCGGCAGGUGCCGUGGUUCAUCCUGUCGGAAAAUUGGUGGAAUGAGGUGGAUGCGCUCUCGGCUAAAUUGCCACUUUGAAAACAGCUCUCUCCCUCUCUCUCUCCCGUUCUUCCCACCUCCUACAAAAAGGCACCAUACCAUCCUCUAUUAUCUCUCUUCAAUUCUCGCUACGUAAUGUUACAAUUAGUGGCUUGCAGUAGAUCCCACUUUGCCGGCGUGGGGAUACGGAUUUCAACAGAAUUUGUUAGUCCCAUUACGUGGAUUUUGCUCUAGAUCCUGUCCGGUAGCUGAGGUCUAGGAGAAAAAAUAACUUAACUGUCCGUUUGCUGUUUUUUGGCACAAGUGAAAUUUGUUGUUGGAAACAGAACCGGCGGUACCGGAAACGUUACACCAGCAACACGAGAAUGAGUUGCAAAAUGAGUGGUCCCAGCUUGCAGAAAGUCACCCUGCAACUAAGCAGCUGCAUUUGGACAAGGUUGAAAACGCAAAAACUGUACUGCCUGACGCAAGCACUAGCAUAAGAGAAGAACAUUAUCACUAUGAGAUAUCACCACGAUUGGAAAAUGAGCAGAACGAUACACUCUACUCGUUCUAUAACAAAAGCAUUGGGCACAGCGGAGGAAUUUUUCGUCCGAUGAAGCAUCAAAACAACAACGUUGGACAACAUCAAGAUGAUUACGAGUAUAAAUUUGCAAACAACCGUCCGACGAUGGGGGCCGGAAUUGCGAUGGCGGAAAUCGAUGACACGGAAGACGCUCGCAUCAUGAAUGACGCUCUGGAGUCAGGUCUGUCAAGCGAUGAAAGCAAGAAAGGCACAGAUUCUAGCAUAAUAAUACCUCCGGGGAAACAGAGAAGAAAAUUACUCUUUGCUGAGGACAACUCGAUCGUUUCAGGAUUUUCCGAGGCGGGAGGUACGGAGCCCGAUUACGAUGAUAACAAAAAACACAGGAGUGUGAGGUCUGCUUUGAGGAUGAAAGGUAGACGAGAUUCGCAUCGCCACAGCAUUGACGAUAGGCUUGGGGAUACUGGAGCUGGAGGAGAUGAUUAUUACCAACAGUUUGAUGGUGUCGAAGGCUCAUAUGGUGACAUUUCCGACGCUUCACCCAUUGUUGCAGAGUCGAAUAGGGCUCAUUAUGGGCGAAAUCGCCGAGGUUUCGACGGCCGGAACAAAGAUAAGACCGUUUACAGGAGCCGGAAAAGUGCGAAAGCGGAUGACCCGUCGGAUAGCGAUGGUGCUGAUACGACAACGACGGCCACUGUUUAUCAUCAGCACUACGAUGACUCUCAAGGUGUUGAUGAAGGUACGUGCAAUUGUACUCUAAUAUGCGCUAAGCAAAAGACAGCCACAGAUGAGAAAUCGGAUGCUUAUGAAGAAUCAACUACAAGCGCUGAUGAAACCACAAAAGAUGAACUGGAAGAGGGAGGGGGUGAAGGGGAAGCAGGUGAAAAAGAAGAUGAUAAGAAGGAAGAGGGUACAGACGAGGAUGAAGAAGAAGAAGAAAUGCAUACGGAGGACGAAUAUGUAGAUGAGCCGGAAAGUGCUGGUGGAAAUGGAACUGGGCAGAGGGAGUUGUACAUUGAUUUAACGAUCGGAAUAAGAAAUCUGGGCAAUGCGAGUCUGUCUGAGGAUGAAGAGCCUAUGGAGUUUCACAAAAAAAUAAUUGUCAAAAGAGAAAAACCCGGUAAUCAGAAAACAAUUCGUGCAGGAAACAAAAAGCAAUCGUCUGCGACAACAACUAUUCCCACAGAGUUAGUUGAGGCCAUCUAUCAAUUAGUGGACAACAAUGACAGCCUUCGGACGCAUGUGGCUCCACGUCUACCGGACCGGAGCAAGUUGUUGUCCAAGCUGGAACAGGAAAACCGCCGAAGCAGUACCAGCAGUUUCGGGCAAAAGAUUAAUGACCGCCAUCGUCGGCCGAACGGGGGUCCAGGAACAGUCAACCGAAUUGAGGACAACACAGCUAACGGAAAAACUAUCGCCGAUGUAAUGGAAGCGAUAGGGCAGUUGAUGAGGCAGCGUGAUUAGAAGCGAAUUGGAAUAAUUGAAUUUAAUAACUACAAUAUAACAUGUAAAGAUUUAGAAAUAAACUAGCAUUGUCAAAAUAAACCCUUCUAUAAUAAAA